GCUUAUUCGCAGAGCAAAAAAAUACCACACCACUUUGUAUAUAGGUCUGAUUUCACCAUGUUCAAGUCGAAGUUGUACUUCACCGCCGCUGGUAACUCAACCCCAUUAACCACAAAAAUCCCCAAACAAUUUCCCGCCAUUUCGAACAAGGGUGUAAGCUACUGGCUCUUCGGAACGUCCACUUUGGUGUUCGGGAUCGUGGUGUUGGGAGGUUUGACCAGAUUGACCGAGUCUGGAUUAUCUAUCACUGAAUGGAAACCAAUCACUGGGGCAAUACCUCCAUUGAACCAAGCUGAUUGGGAAUCUGAGUUCAUAAAGUACAAGGAUUCGCCCGAGUUCAAGCAGUUGAAUUCACACAUCACCUUGGAUGAGUUCAAAUUUAUUUUCUACAUGGAGUGGAGUCAUAGACUUGUCGGGAGAUGUAUUGGGAUGUUUUUCAUCUUACCUGCCAUCUACUUCUGGUCCUCCAAGAAAAUCUCUCCGCAUAUGAGAUACAGGCUCGUGGGGUUGACAGCAUUAUUGGGGCUACAAGGAGCCAUCGGGUGGUGGAUGGUGAAGUCUGGUUUGGAUGAGCAACAAUUAAUGGAAAGACAAUCAAAACCCACGGUUUCUCAAUACAGAUUAACCACCCAUUUAGCUGCUGCUUUUGUCAUGUACUUGGGGGUAUUGUGGUCCGGGUUUGAGAUUUUGACCGAGAACAAAUUGUUGAGUCAGGCCAAAGUUGAUCCUGAGUAUGUGAAGACCUUACUUUCCAAGUUGGGCUCCCCAAAGUUGAAUGGCAUUAGAACCAUGGCUUGGGCUUUGUUGACCCUCACCUUCUUCACAGCGAUGUCAGGAGGAAUGGUUGCUGGUUUGGACGCUGGUUUAAUAUAUAAUACUUUUCCUCAUAUGGGAGAUGAUUACCUUCCCAGCUAUAAUGAAUUGAUGUCUGAUACAUUUGCUCGGAAAGAAGAUCAUUCUGACUUGUUUUGGAGAAAUAUUUUUGAAAACCCCACCACCGUUCAGUUGGUCCACAGAAUCAUGGCCACCUCCACCUUUUUUGCCGUGCUAGCAGCCCAUACCUAUUCCCUUAAGUAUAGAACAAUCAUUCCCAGACCGGCAAUGAGGGCUCUAGGUGGAAUGAUGGGUCUAGUAACCUUACAAGCUACUUUGGGUAUAUCUACCUUGAUUUACCUCGUUCCAAUACCUUUGGCAGCUUUGCAUCAAGCUGGUGCCUUGGCCCUUUUAACAGGUUGCCUUUCCUUUUGUGCUAGGCUUAAAAGAGUGAGACCUCAAGCCGCUAACCAGAUCCUAAAAGCUUUGAAAAACACCACUUGAAGAUGGUGAUGUAUAUAAAUUAGAAUGCAUGUAAAUAGUUGUUAAGAAUACAGAAGAAUUAUCACCAAAUACGCUUGGAGGACAUCUCGUAUCGCUGAACUUCGCCUAAUCCUUCGUCAUAGCUGGUUUCGAAUUUCUCGAUGAAAUCUUUGUUCCUCUUCUCUUCUGGAGUGGGAGGAAUGUUUUCAUUGUUGUCAUACAAGAAUUCUCUAGUAGCUGGAUUGAUGGUAGACAUCUCAGUGUUUGGAAGGCCAGGUAAGAAGCUGAUAUCUGCAGCUGUCUUCGGAAUUGGUGAUUGAGGUGAGACGGGUGAUAAUGGUGAUAAUGGUGUUGUGUUCAAGUCCUCAGCCUCUGGAAGUAAACCUUCUCUUCUUAAGAGCAAAGAAGGGGUGGGACUUAACUGGAUAGAUGGGAAGGUGCUGUUGGCAUCGACAUGUUCGGGGAUCAUCAACUCGGAGGUCUCCAAUAUAGAGUCAUGGACCUCAUCAAGUUUGUUCUCAUGGUUCACCUUAAUGGCGUUCGUAACUUUAAGUAAGGCAAUUCCAAGCAUUAAGCGAAGCAAAAGGAGAAUCACAAACGUGACGGACAUAAGCAAUACACUGGAAAGAACCGAGUAUACGGUAGAAGAUGUUUCCACUGUAAACAAAGUUACAAAGUUUCCAAGUGACAUUCGCAAGUAGCAAACGGUGGUCGCCAAAAGAGGUAAUCCAAUUCUCCUGGUCAAAAUAGUAUAGUCAGACAAUUCAUAUUCACCACUAGUUUUGUGAGAUGAGGAGCUAAACACCUCGACAUAAUCCAACGCCAACACAUAAAUAAAGUUGUAAUAGACUCUUGGUUUGAUUCUAUUGAAUUUGGAGAUAUAACAAUGUUUUAGCCAAUCUACAAGAAUCUCACUUCCUAGUACAACAAUACUAGGGCCAAACAAUGCACCAAACCAUUUGUUCCAAGUUUGCCAACUACUUGGAAUCAUUCCCAGACCAAUGCUGUUCAACUGCAAGAUAUUUCUCAAGGUAAUCAUUCCCAACAUCAAAGAAAGUUGGAAUCUCUCUGUCAAAUCGGCCAUCGAGAGUUGGAACAACCCUUCUCUAUCAAAUUUCUUGAACACAGAACCUCUUAACUCGGAGAACUGGUUGGAAAACAACAACGUAAGCAACGCAUUCGAAUACGAAUUGGCAGCCACGUUCAAAGAAACCGUUUGAUAGAGCAAGACGUAGGCAUGUAAACACAAGUAAGCGACGGAGCCCAAGAAGAAAAGCACGGUGCUAAAGUAGUUCUUACGAGUGGGAGGCGAUUCAAUAAGGUCAAACGUUAUCCCCAAGAUAUUUUGACCGAUUGAAGAGCAAAGCUUAUCGGCCACCUCCAAAACUCCAAACGUCACAUACAACUUGAUCUGAGCUUGACGUCUCACGUCGUGGUAGAUUUUGGAAAUAUCAAUUGGAGGAAGCGACAAUACCAGUAAUGAAAGGAGUAUAAGUACCACCGUCAACACGUCUCUUCGGACGGACCUGAACUUUUGUGAUAUCAAUUGCCAAGUGUACAGUUUUUCGCUUAUGGUUGAUUGAACAGCCAUGAACGUGAUCACCACUAUUCUAAUGGGAACCAACGUAAACAACGUUAAGAAUGAGUUGGUACAGAUCAUAAGUCCCAACCCCAUGAACUUUUCGAGCACCCAUGGAAUUUUGACCAUAUCGAUGAUCUGUUCAUAUGCUUCAUGAUCUGACACAUCUGCCAGAUGGGCGUAACCGGACUUUUGUUUGGAAUUACCUGGAAUGUUCAACUCCAACAUCAAAAGCCGAUAGAGUGAGAAAUGGCGGUUGUCACCGUUCCGGGGCUGGGGGCGAUUCCUGGCUGGGUCAUUGGAAAGAAAAUUGAUAAAGGAACCUGUGGCUGAAGACCUUGAUCUCUGACGACUGGCGGCAGCAGAAGAGGCUGACCGCGAGGUGGACCCCGACCGCGAGCGAGACCUGGGAGCCCGUUGAUGUGGUCGAGAAUUCGUAUGUAUAUCAUGGUCAGGUCGGACAGAUGUCGCCGUCGACAUGGGAGAACCUACCAUCUAUUGCAGUUUGGGUUGUGCGCAAAGUUA